CUUGGAAACCAACAAUCUCAGUCCAGCAGGCAUUGUCCGCAUCAUGGAGUCCCUGCUAAAGACCCAUACAAUAGAAGAAAUUCGUCUUGCAAAUCAGAGAUCAAGUGUCCUGGGUAACAAAAUAGAGAUGCAGCUCACCGACAUCAUUGAACAAAACCCCACACUCUUACGUGUGGGCAUCCACUUUGAAUUCAAUGAUUCUCGCAACCGAGUUUCCAGACACCUACAAAAGAACCUUGACACUUUCCGUGUUGGUGUCAAAGUGCGCAGAAUCACGAGGAAGACCUCAGAAGGCGCUAGCCUUAGCUUCGUCCUGCCUGCUAAUUCCCCACCAGCAUCCCCACAGCCUCCAUCACCAAUUCCAGAGGAGGAGGUUGAGACUACAACUCUAAAUGGGGAGGGGCGUUUGAUGGAGGACAUUCAAAAUGAAAUGGCCUUUGAGGAGGAUGAGGACUUUGGGGAUAAAGAGGAGUGAAGGUGACUAUAGGCAAUAGGAGGAAGAGGAGGAGUUUGAGCAGCUACCUGGUGUUGCCAGCUAUGUCACACAUCCUUCAGUCUAGAAAAGCUAAGCAUGGUCAAACUUUGUUAGGUUCCUUACUUAGUUAAAUUAAAAUGGUCAGGCAUCAGUAUGUUUGCUACAUAUGUCACUUAUGUGGAUGUAGUUUUAGGGGUUCCCAUAUAGUUUGCUAUGCAUGUUACUAUUGUAUUUUAUUAUGCAGCCUUUGAAAUGUGUAAUGAUGAAAUGAAACAGUGGAAAGAGGCAUUCUUACAAGUUUUUGGAAAUUCUUUAUACAAGAAAAGUUUCUGAAAAGUAUAUAUGAAUAUUGCAGUUGACAUGUAUUCAAGGCACAGUAUUUUAAGACAAAGAAUAAACAACUUACAAUAGUGCAAAUUUUAUGUUUGACCAUGAUUAGCCUUGACAGUGUAGAAGUGUAUGAGAAAACCAUUUGCCCAUUAGAAAAUAGGAUAAGCAGGAUGAGACAGAGCAAGUUAUGUUGUCUUACAGUUCCAGUCCCAAACAUCAGUAUAUUAGCUAUCUAGUGUAACAAAGUAGAAAGUUAACACUAUAGUAGAUGGCAGUGAUAGUUUGGAUUAUAGUACUGUAGUUAACAUGAAGAUGAAAGUUUGAUCACUUUAGAAAGUAUUUAAUCUAACUUCUCUUGUAUGAAGUAAUGUUUGAAUAUCAUUCUAUUACAUAUGAAUCAUUAAUGACUGUUGAAAACAACCUUGGACAACCAUUCUAUAUGUUGUGAGAGAGACUGCAAUACCUCAGCUUCAAACUGAAAUUCCAGUACAUAUCCCAUUAUUGCUCUUUACAUUUCAUAGGUCCUUUUAAAUCUUUGUUUUUUUCCAAGAACUGGUUUCCUACUUUGCUAUCCUUGUCUUCAAGAUGAAUUUAAAUAAUAUGUCUCUAUAUCUAUUGCUUAUCAUCACAGAACUUGCUAUGCUGGUGAGUGUUAGUAUUUGGUAUUCAUAUGUAUACUGUUUCUGCCAUCAGUUUAUAUCCUGGGCUCCAGUGUUGCAUCUUUGGUAUGACAUCAUUGUAUCUGGCUUAUCACUUUUAUAGUGGGUGAUAUUUGAAUUUCACCAAUAUGGGUACAUUUACAUGUGAGAACAGAACUUGAAGUAAAUGUUUAUGUCUUG